AUGCCUCCUAACAAUAUGUCUCCGGAAUCCGAACCACCCAUUGAGAACGAUGGCCACGAAUCUCGAACAGACGAUUUCAUUGUCUACGAUAUCAAUGUCCCUUACAUCGGGCUUACUGAAGAAACCAACAGGACCACAAACUAUCCCCAGUAUAUGCCUUCAUGGGAUCCUAUCUGGUUCGAUCCGUUACCGCCUUUCGAAUUUCACGACCCUGCCCUAAGAGCCAAAAAUCCGUCUAUGCCUAAUCUUCUGUCGCCGUCGGCCCAGAUUACACACAUACAACCAGGAUUCGGUAGUAUAGUCCACGGGGUGCAGCUGAACAAGCUGUCUGAUGCCGGAAAAGACGAGCUAGCAUUGCUCAUAUCGCAAAGAAAGGUAGUUGCAUUUCCAGAUCAGGAUAUGAUCGACGACGGACCCGCAUUCCAACAAGAAUUCAUGAAAUAUUUUGGAAAACCAAACUAUCAGCCUGUUUCGGGAACGAUACCUGGAUUUCCGGGUUUCCACAUUAUUCACCGGAGUGGAAAUGUGGAGGAGAUCACAAACUUUUUAGAGAGGAAGUCAACAACGACGCUAUGGCAUCAAGACGUUAGCUACGAGCGCCAGCCUCCUGGAUAUGUAAUGCUUGGUUUACUCCAGGGCCCGGAAGUAGGCGGUGAUACUGUAUUUGCGGAUACGGCGGCAGCAUACAAGCUUAUCUCUCCGGUCUUACGGUCAUUUUUGGAUGGUUUAUUUGCCACUCACUCCUCGAGUAACAUGAUCGCUCAUACACGACGGGCGGGGGGACUUGUCCGGAAAGAUCCUGUUGACAAUGUCCACCCUCUUGUUCGUAUCCACCCAGUCACAGGUGAAAAAUGCUUGUUUGUAAAUGGAGAAUUCAUCACAAGAAUUCAUGGACUCAAGGACGCGGAAGCGAAAGUUCUCCUCGACUUCCUUCUCCAGCACAUCAUUACUGGUCAUGAUUUCCAAGCCAGAGUCAAGUGGAAGCCUAAAACAAUUGUACUAUUUGAUAACCGCAGUACACUCCACACUGCUGUCGUCGACUAUGUUAGCGAAGAUAGUGGUGCCGCUGCUAGACAUAUAUUCCGUCUCUGUGCCAUGGCAGAGAAACCCAUUCCAGUUCAAAAGUCAAAAUGA